GGUUUGUAACAUCUGGGUUUCACCUUACACUGUCCUCAGGGUUGGGUUGUUCUUUAUAAAACAUACGCUCAGCUGCUGCUUAUAUCCCAUUCCUCACUCCUCAUCUGAUCUCUUCGCAACCUCAGCAGCCCAUUUUUUUUACUGCAGGAUGAAGAAGCUGAUUCUCGACGUUGACAUCGGAGUUGAUGAUGCUCAGGCCCUCAUGAUUGCCGUCACUGCUCCAGAUGUAGAGAUUCUGGGGAUCACCUGCUGCCACGGCAACACUUCUUUGGACAAUGUCCUCAAGAACACCCUGCGUGUCCUGCAAGUCUGCAACCGGCUGGAUAUUCCAGUCUAUAAGGGUUUCUCAAGGCCUCUGCUGGCCAGCAAACAGCAUGCGUCUGAUUACCACGGGAAAGAUGGAUUGGGGGACGUUCCAGAUCCAGAUGCUCCAGGUCUGGAUCUGCUGAAGAAGAAGAAAGCUGCACAGGCGAUGCUUAAAAUUGCAAGGGAAAACCCUGGAGAGGUGACUCUUGUGGCUACUGCACCGCUAACUAACCUUGCAGUGGCUGUUCAGUUGGACCCUUCCUUUCCAAAAAAACUGAAGGCCCUCUACAUCAUGGGAGGAAACACUGAUUCUCGGGGUAACACCACCGUGUGUGGCGAGUUCAACUUUGUGGCAGACCCUGAAGCGGCUUACAUCGUGUUGGACCGCUACACCUGUCCCACCUACAUCGCUGCGUGGGAGUUCUGCUGCAGGAGCAGUAUCUCAUGGUCUUUCUGGGACGAGUGGCUGUCUACAAAUACAAAGAAGGCUGCCUUCAUCAAGAAGAUAUCAACUCUUUCAAUGAAGAAAGCUCGUUCAGCAGAGUACCAGAAGGAAGUCGUAGCUGGAAAAGGCUUCAAUCCGUGUGACGUCUUUGCGCUUGCUGCUGCGGUUGAUGAUGGAUUCAUAACUGAGAGUGAAGAGGUGGCAGUGACAGUAGAACUGGAUGGGAGAAACACCCGAGGCAUGAUGGUAAUGGACUACAUGGAGCAACUGAAGAAGGACCACAAGGCUGUCAUCAUUAAGAGUGUUGACUUGGAGAAGCUGAAGAAAAUGUUGUUUAGAGCAGUACAAUAGAAAUAUUACCAUUUGGCAUGUUCAUCGU